GCCUCCAAUGGUCUCGCCUGCGAUGAAAGCUAAGGAGAAGUUACUGGAGUAUGACAAUCCUCCACCAGUGGAAGCUGAGGAUGGUGCUACUCUAGCUGAUCCAUGGGUCAAUUUGUUCAAAAACAAUAGGGUCGCAACCAAUGGUAUGCCUCUACGCUAUGUUCCUCCUGUCAUUAUAGAUGGUGUAGCUGUAGCCCAAUUAGCUGAGGAAGAUGUGAAUGUUGAAUUAGGGAAAUGGAAAUGUGCCCUCAUUAUAUAUUUUGUUGGCGAAUGUCUUGGGUUCAAUGCUAUGCAAAGAUACAUAUCUCAAAACUGGAACAAGGUGGCUAUACCGACCUUAUUCCUACAUGAUGAUGGCUAUUUCAUUGUCAAAUUCCAAUUCGAGGUAGACAUGUAUGAAAUCCUGUAUGGAGUGCCUUAUAUUUUCAAUAAUAGGCCGGUGAUAUUGAAAACCUAGGGUAGGGAUUUCAACCUCAAUUCAGAGUCUGCAGCCGAAGUACCAUUAUGGAUCCAAUUUCCCAAAUUACCUCUAGAUUGCUGGGAAUUGGGGUCUUUGAGUAGGAUUGCAAGCACUUUAGGAACUCCUAUUUUUGCAGAUUAAUGUACUACAAAGCAAACUAGACUUUCCUUUGCUAGAAUGUUGAUUGAAGUGAAUGUAACCAAGCCACUACCAAAGGAGAUACUUAUUAAGGACCCUAGUGGAUAACAGCUCACCCAAGCUGUUGUCUAUGAAUGGAGGCCUGAUUUCUGCCCCAAAUGCCAGAAAAUAGAACACAUAUGUAAGGAACAACCCGUGGAGCAACAUCCAUCUCCACAAAGAAGAAGAAGAAGAAGAAGAAGAAGAAGAAGAAGAAGAAGAAGAGGCAAACAUGUUACUCAUGAAUGGAAAACUACUGGGGUAACUUUACCUGGCCGUGUUGCUAGUACAGUGGUUGAACUACCUUCUCAGUCAGUUCUGGUAGGGGAAAUACAAAUGCAAACUCAACAAGCUUUACCCAAGACCCCUGAUGGUGUUAAUCAAGGGGUAGUGGUCACCACCCCUGUGCAAGCUGCUUCUAGUAAUCAGACCACAAGUCUAGAGUUUAACUUGGUGAAUUUUCCUAUUCUGUCUGCAAUAGCUACUAAAAAUGCUUAUGGGUCUUUGAGUAAAAAAAAGUGUGACACUACUGCUCUACAUAUGGAUAGAGGUGGAGCACCUUUAACUGCUUAACAUGACUUGGCUAUUUUGGAAUAUUAGAGGUAUUAAUAACAGGUAUAAGCAGAAAGAGUUUAAGAAGUUUUUAGUGAAUAAAAGGAUCAAACUAGUUAGCUUAAUUGAAACUAGAGUAAAGGAGCAUAAUGUGAACGGUAGAAUGAAGAAUAUAGCUACAGGAUGGGAAGUUCUGACCAACACCAAUAUGCUGUCAAUGGUAGAGUUUGGGUUCUAUGGGAUCCAAAUUGGUUUGAGGUUAACCUUAUUCAAGCCACUGCACAGCUGAUCCAUUGUGAAGUUAGAGACAAAACAUCUAAUGAGAAGUGUGUCAUUAUAGUGGUGUAUGGUUUUAAUACUGGUGAGCUAAGAAGGACUUUAUGGCAAGACCUGGAAGCUAUAUCACUGGAUAUCACUCAGCCAUGGCUAGUUACUGGUGAUUUUAAUGUUGUGCUGCAUCUGAAUGAUAGACUCUUUGGCAAUCCUGUGACCCUCCAAGAGGUACAAGACUUCUCUAGAUGCAUACAGCAUUGUGGAAUUCAUGAGCUUCCUUGGCAAUGAGACUAUUACACAUAGUCUAACAAACAAUUGGGUGCUGAGAGGAUCACCAGCAGAAUCGAUAGGUGCUUUGGUAAUUUUGGCUGGAUGCUUAAGUGGGGUUAAGUUACCAUACAAUAUGACUUACCUUUCAAUUUAGAUCAUGCUCCCAUGUUGCUCAAUUUAAAGCAUAAUACUCAACCUAAAGAUGUCUCCUUUAAAUUCUUCAACAUUUGGGCAGAUCAUGCUGAUUUUCUUCAGAUUGUUGGUAAUACUGGGAAGGGAGGAAAGCCGUCAAUCCUAUGCAAAAUGUAUAGCUUAAGAUGAAGGCUUUACAACUAGCCCUGAGAGCUCUCAGCAACCAGGAAUUCAAGUAUAUUAAACUCAAAAUUUAGAGGACUAGGGAGGAGUUGGAAGUCUUGCAAAAGAAAAUAAUUACACAAGUUGAUGACAACCUACUUUUGCAAGAAAAACAGGCUAUUGUGAACCUUGAGAAAUGGUCUCUGAUAGAGGAAAGUGCCCUUAAAUAGAAAUCUGGGGUGAAAUGGGUGAAGUUGGAAGACUCUAACAACAAAUACUUUGUUGUUGUAUGCAAGGAGAGAAGCCAUAGGAGCCAAAUCCUAGAAAUUACUUCCCUCAUUGGUACUAAGUUGUUUGGCUCACAGGAGAUUAAGGAAGAAUUUGUUAAAUUUUAUAAGAGUUUAAUGGGAUCCUUGGCAGGAGUCUUGCUAGCAGUGUGUAAAGCUACCAUGAAGCAGGGGCCUAUACUUAACCAACAACAAAAACUUUCUCUAUGUACUGAAGUGACAGAAGCUAACAUUUCCAAUGCCUUACAAGCCAUAAGGGAUGACAAAGCCCCAAGUAAGGAUGGCUACAAUGCUUUCUUUUUUAAAAAGUCUUGGCCUAUUGUUAAAACUGAAAUCAUAGCAGUAGUUAAGGAGUUCUUUAGAAGCAGAAAGCUUUAUACUCCUAUAAAUUGUACCAUUGUUUCUUUUGUCCCUAAGUGUCACGACCCAUUUCAGCCUAGGUCAUGCGGGCACCUACCUUUCCUACCUCGGUAGGCGAACCCUUAACUCAACAAUCAUAAUAAUAGAAAAUAGCGGAAGAAAGUAAAAUAACGUAAGUCUCAAAAUAUAAUAUAAUGUUAACAAGUGCGGAAGUAAAUAAAAUCCACCCCAGUAUCUGGUCUGGUCAUACAAGAGCAUCUAAAUCCGAAUACUAAAGGUCUGAAUAAUAAUACAAGACAUAAGUAACAGAAGAGUCUUCGAGGUCAGCGGACGCCGUGCUCACCCUGAAAAACUCAAGUGGAAGCUGAAGAGUCGAUCAGCCAUGAGUCAGAGAAGUAGAUCCGACCUGAUACUCUGCAUUCAUAAAAGAAUGCAGCAAGGGCAAGUCGGUACAAACAACAGUACUGGUAGGCAUCAUCGGCCGACCAAGCAUAGAUAACACAAUUCAGAAAAUAAGUAGAUAGCAAGGAAUCCAACAAGUGUAAGAUAAUAAGAUCACAACCAAGUAUUCGUCAUCGUCUACGUAACGCCUCUAAACCCAAGUACACCAAGUCCGAAAUAUGUAUAUAUCCAAUUCAAUCAUCAAUCAAUCAAUCACCACGAAUCUCAAUCAAGCCAAUGCAAUGCAAUGAAGUGCAAUGCGAUAAUGGAAUGGAUGAGAUGUAAUGCCUUGCAAAUAAGGUGUACACAUGUACUCCGGACGGAAAUAUCGACGUCUCGGUAGCAUAACCCAGUGUGACUCGUGAAGUAUAAGUUCCACCCGUCCCGAAUCUUUGCCCAACAGACAGACGGGACCCUGGCUAAUUGCUCACAGGAGGAGUCUCAUCGGCACCACUCUGGGGGACACGUGGAGCCCAUGCACUAAUAAUGAUUCCGAAAUAACGUCGGAAUUGGCCAUGCAACAACGAUGCCAGAAUAGAUCAUCGGUCAUCGGCCUUCUCACAAUCAGUCAAGUAAAAGAGUCGCUCAAUCAACGAUACCGGAUAAUUACCGGCUAUCGGUCAUGCAUCAUGAAUAUGAGGGAAUGUAUGCAAUGCACAUAUCUAUGAUUCCGGAAUUGAAACUCGAACAUCGGCUUCUCACAAUCCCUCAAGUAAAAUAGUUUAUCAGACAUCAGCUUUAUACAAUCAACGAUUCCAGAAUGGAUAUUCGGACAUCGGCCUUUUAUAAUCACUCAAAUAAGGAGUCAAUCAAAUACUAGUUUCGCUCAUCAACGAUACCGGAUCAUCACCGGGUAUCGGCCAUGUAUGAUGAAUGUGUGAGAAUGUGUGCAAUGCGUACAUCAAGUAUCAACAAUCAAGUUCAAUAUCACAAAUACCACGAAGGGUAUGCCAACAAUGUAUCAUAUCACAAUACCAACAAUGGUAUGCCAACAAUGUAUCGAUAUCACUAGCACCAACAACGGAUACGUCAACAAUGUAUCACAAUGCAAAUACCAACAACGGUAUGUCAACCAUAUCUCAGUCAAGAUAGUAACACAAAUUCUGAUAUUUACCACUACUCGUAGCAUCAACCAUCAAAAUGGAACAGUAAACACACAUAACGGGGUUGCUAGUCCCAACACAUAUCAGGGCCCAACCUAAAGCAAUAUCUAACCCAACUUCAUACCCGAAGGUUCACAUGCUGUCUCCGACACUAUAUUCUAAAUAUGUGAUUCGCUAUGCAUAGUCUCACUAGAGGUAAGCCAUAACCUACCUGGACUGCCGAACCGCAAUACCAACAAGUCACUCUAUUGCCUUGCCCUUCCUCUGAAGCUCACAACAAAAAUAUUCUAAGCAUAAUCGAAUUCUAAAUUAAAAAUCAUGGAGAAUGAUACUAAUAUUGCUAUGAUAUCAAUUAGUCCAUUUUAACCCUAGAAAUUGGGAAAACGAGCCCACAAGGGCGAAACGGGAAAUUCGCCGGUAAAAUACCAAAUUGAAUCCUAGGUAAUCAUAACCCAAUCAUUAAUUGUUGAUUUAACUCAAGAAUUGUCCCAACCAAAUUGGGUAUGAACCCUAAUUCUCCAAAUCCGAAAUUCAAUGUUAAAAGUGGAAGAUCUGGACUUACUAAGCUUAGAUUCAUCACAUUUUAACAUUAACAUCUUCAAUUUAUCAAGUAUAAUCUUAGGGAAAAAUCUCCCAAAACCCUCCUUCAAAUUCCAUUUCUAAGGGAUUGAAAAGGGAAAGGGAAAAUCUAAGAUGAUUGUGAUUAAAGAUGAGUAAAGGAUUAGACAAAGUUUUACCUCCAAGAAUUCCUUCAAUUUGUCUCCAAGAACGGCUUUCCCAAGCUCCAAUAUCGAGAUAUGAAAUAAUGAGGGUCUAAGACUCACUUAAUGGAUUUAACUGCCCGUCACCAGCUACAGCGGUACCGUGACCGCCCCAGCGGCCACCCGACCGCAUCAGCGGUCAAGCCUAAAUGGCUAGGACCGCUGCAGCGGCAGGGCUACCGCUGCAGCGGUGUCGCUGCUGCGGUGCUAGUGCCGCCAAAGUAGGCACCAGACACCAGAACUUGGCCUAAGUUUUUCUUUUCGGUCUGAUUGUUCGACUAACUUCCGAGGCCACCUGCUCACAUACCAGAUACCUAGACCCACAUAAAAACGCGCUACGAACGUGUCUGUGGCCUCGAAAAUCCCAACGGAUGUCUCAUUGACCGAAUUAACUAUCGAUGCCUUAAUUUAGAAUUCCCAUCCAAGUCCCGGAAUGCAUUAGGAACCGAACCAAAUAUACAUACAGGUUCUAAAUGACAAUCCGGACCUCUCAAAAUCGACAGAAUUCCAAAGAAGGUCCGUUUACCCAAAAGUCAACCUCGGGUCAACCCUUUUUCACUUCAAGUCUAUAUUUUUCCCAAAGUUGCCCGAAUCCAAGGUAGACACCUUGGGAAGCGUUUCAAAGGCCCCCUCGGGUCAAAAGUGAGCCAAUCAAUGAUCGGGAAUGGGCGAAAGUACCAAAAGAACUAUAACGACCAAACGGGUCGUUACACCAAGACUCAGUGUCCUACUAUUGUGAAGGAAUUUAGGCAGAUUGCUUGUUGUUUUGUAUUAUAUAAGAUCAUAGGCAAGAUUCUGGUAAUAGACUACAUGAUGUAAUUGGUUUUGUCAUUUGUGAUGCCUAAGCUGGGUUUAUCCUUGGUAGGAAUAUUGUUGAUAAUAUAAUUCUUGCACAUGAGAUAAUCAAGGUUUAUAGUAGAAAGCAUAUUUCUGUAAGGUGUAUGAUCAAAAUUGACCCACAAAAGGCCUAUGACUCUAUAGAGUGGAUUUACUUAGAACAAGUAAUGACAGAACUGGGUUUCCCUCAUAUGUUUGUUACUUGGGUGCUUAAUUGUGUCAAGACUGUGAGUUACUCUAUAAUUUUCAAUGGUGAGCACACUCCAGCCUUUCUAGCAGCUAAGGGUCUUAGGCAAAGGGACCCCAUGCCCCCUUUCUUGUUUGCUAUAGCUAUGGAAUUUCUAAGUAGAAGCCUGAAUAAUCUGAAGGGUAACAAGGAGUUCAAAUUUCACCCUCAGUGUGCCAAACUUGGUAUCACACGUUUAUGCUUUGCUGAUGAUCUUUUGUUUUCUAAGGGUGAUAUGAAAUCAUUUCUGGCUAUGCAUCAAUGUUUAAAGAAUUUCUCAAAUGCUUCUAGCCUUCGGGCUAAUCUUGGCAAAAGUUCAAUAUACUUUGGGGGUGUUGAUCAAGUGAUGAAAGAUCAGAUUCUGCAGCAGCUAGGAUACUCCUUGGGUGUGUUGCCUUUCAAAUACCUUGGAGUUCCUUUAUCUACCAAGAAGAUGACUAUUAGGCAGUGGUUUCCCCUUGUAGAAAAGAUCACUGCUAAAAUCUCCACCUAGGCAGCAAAGAAACUAUCAUAUGCAAGGAGGGUGCAGCUGGUCUAAGCUGUACUUUUUGGGGUACAAGCUUAUUGGUCCCAAUUAUUCCUCAUCCCAUCAAAGGUAAUUCAGCUGAUUGAUGGCUACUGUAGAAGUUACAUCUGGUCAGGUGAAGAUGUGAUUACUAAGAAAGCUUUAAUGGCUUGGGAGUAUAUGUGCAAUCCUAAAUCAACAGGUGGUCUAAAUUUGGUUCACCUGAGGAAGUGGAACCAAGCAGCUGUGACAAAGUUGUGCUGGGAUUUGGCCCAUAAAGCGGAUAAGUUAUGGGUUAAAUGGAUUCAUACAUACUAUAUUAAAGGCCAGCUUUUGAGGGACUGUCCAAUCCCUAAAACAGUCAGUUGGAUGACAAGGAAAAUCAUGAGGGCCAGAGAUACCUUGCUAUAGUCUUCUAUUAAUCAAAAAAAGAGCUUGAUCAAAUCUUUCUAUCUCCAGUUGCUAGGUAACUUGCCUAGAUUAGCAUGGAAAUGGCUAAUGUUUGGUAACCAAGCAAGGCCAAAGGCAUGUUUCACACUAUGGCUUGGUCUACAUCAAAGGUUGUUAACUGCUGAUAGGUUGUUAAAAUGGGGUCUUGAGGCUACAAAGAUAUGUGUCCUAUGCAACCAGGUUCCUGAAACUCAUAAGCACCUGUUUGUCCUCUAUCCAGUUGCAAGGACACUAUGGGCAAAAGUCUUGAUAUGGAGCAAUAAGGGGAUGUUCAAUGCAGUUGACUGGGAGGAUUUUAUGAAGUGGUGCAUUUCUAGUAGCAAGGGAAAAGGUCAACAAGCUCAAAUCUGCAAGAUAAUUACUGUUGAAGUGCUUCACACAUUGUGGAUAGAAAGGAACCAAAGAGUCUUUGAAAAGAAGAGUGGCACAGUGGAAAGAUUAGCCAAGGAUCUAGCAUAUAUUUGCACUGUUCGGGCACUAAUUGGUAGCCAAGUUUUAGUUCAAAAUUUUUCUUUUUAGCUACUGUUAUUUGAUCCUUAGGAGUUCAAGUGUCAUGUAUUUCUGAACCUAGCAAGUAGUGUUGGCCAGCUAGUUAUGUAAAGUUCAAUGGUAAUUAAUGGAAAGCUGUUGGUUACUUAAAAAAAAAAAAAAAGGAGAAGCUAAAAGUACAGCAGCUUAAAAAUGUCGACCCCACUAUUUAUUUUCCUUUAAUCUCUCUAUUUCUAAUUUCUAAUUCUUUGUAUGUUUUUGUGUUCAAUAUCCAAGAUCUCGCUGGAUAUAUUAAGAAACACAUAAAGAAAGCAAUUGGAAAUUUGUUAUCUUUAAUGUUUUUUGGUUCCCAAAGUUUCAAUGUCCCCGAUAUAUUAUCCAGUUUACUGUAAAAUUUUUAUUUUUUUUUAAAAGAAGUAGAAACUACAUUGAAAAUUCCCCAAUAUCAAUUACUCAAAAUAAAGAAAAAGAAUUUAAUUCUGUAUAAUACAUAAAUGUAAUAAGAACUUGCCAUAAAUCGUUAAAAUAAUUGACCAGUGUAAAUAAAUAAAAACUUUAUUUUCUUAUGUGAGGUCGUUAUAAAACAAGAUUGAAAACGAACAGUGAGAAAGAUGAAUAACGCUUUGAGAUCACUCCUCUAUCCCAAUCUCUCUCGCACAUCUAAUAAUGGUAGUUAGUUAGUUCGUUUGCUAAAGCAGGAGUAAUAGAGCACUUUCAAACAAAUACCUAAAUCUGAGAAUGGCAAUCCUACACUCAAAAUCAACAUCUUUCAGAAAACCCCAUUUCACCAAAUAUCCAUUAGUUAAUAUAUAUAUAUAUAUAUAUUUUUUUUUUAAUAACAGAAAAAUAAUAUAAGAAAAAGAGAAGUUGGAGAUGUUAGUCUUUCCCUUGUCUAUAUUUCCUAUUGUGACCUGUGGCAUUUCCCAUCUCAACUCUUUCUCAUCUCAACUCUUUCUCAUGUCAAAAUUAUUCAAGAUGAAGCACGGUGGCGGGCGGAAGAACAAUAACCUGUCAUUAUUCGUUGUGGUCUGUUCCAUAUUCAUCUUUGGUUGCUUCAUGUAUAAUGAAGAUUUCAAGUCCAUUGUAGAAUUCCCAUUCUCCACACCAAAACCUCAACAAGAAACGGCGGUUGAAGAAAGUAUUAAUACAGAUGAAAACAAAAUUUCAUCUGUAGUUAUGAAUUCAAGAACUGUAGUCGAGACAGAAAUAGAAGAAGAGGAAACUGAAAGAGAACAGAGAAUUGAAAUGCCUAUUGAAGAAGAAGAAGAAGAAAACAUUGAAUUGCCACCUGAUGAUUGUGAUAUUUUUGUAGGGAAUUGGGUUUAUGAUAAUGUAACUCACCCAAUUUACAAAGAACAAGAAUGUGAAUUCCUCACUGCUCAAGUUACUUGCUUGAGGAAUGGAAGACAAGACUCUAUGUAUCAGAAUUGGAAGUGGCAACCAAGAGACUGUUCUUUACCCAAGUUUAAACCAAGAUUGCUACUUGAGAAACUGAGGAACAAGAGGCUCAUGUUUGUGGGAGACUCAUUGAACAGGAAUCAAUGGGAAUCCAUGGUUUGUUUGGUUCAAUCUGUUGUUCCUCCUAAUCAAAAAAGCUUAAACAAGAGUGGCUCUUUAUCUGUAUUCAGAAUUGAGGAUUACAAUGCCACCGUGGAAUUUUACUGGGCUCCGUUUCUAGUGGAAUCAAACUCGGAUGAUCCAAAUAUGCAUAGCAUCUUCAACAGAAUCAUCAUGCCCGAAUCUAUUGAGAAGCAUGGCAAGAACUGGAAGAAUGUGGACUAUCUCAUCUUUAACACAUACAUUUGGUGGAUGAACACUUUCUCUAUGAAAAUUCUGCGAGGAUCGUUCGAUGAAGGGGCGACAGAAUACAAUGAGAUAGACAGACCAACAGCUUAUCGGAGAGUUUUGACAACUUGGUCCCAGUGGGUCGAUAAAAAUAUAGAUCCCAAUCGCACCCAAGUUUUCUUCAUGAGCAUGUCUCCUCUUCAUAUCAAGAGCUUAGAUUGGGAAAAUCCUGAUGGCAUAAAAUGUGCAAAAGAGACAACCCCAAUACUGAACACCUCAAUGCCACUAAAUGUUGGAACAGAUAAGAGGCUGUUUGUGAUAGCAGCAAAGGUGACUGAAUCGAUCAAAAUCCCAUUUUACUUCGUGAACAUAACAACAUUGUCAGAGUACAGAAAAGAUGGGCACACAUCGGUACACACAAUUCGUCAAGGCAAAAUGCUAACGCCUGACCAGCAAGCUGAUCCUGCAACUUAUGCUGAUUGUAUCCAUUGGUGUCUCCCUGGAUUGCCUGACACGUGGAACGAGUUCCUUUACUCGCGCAUUAUCUCGCGUUCUUGACACUUGGCCUUUCUUCAUAGUGCAGCUCGUACUGCAAAUUUUCCUUUUUUUUUUUUAAACCUUUACCCACAAUAUUAAUUUUUUGUGUAAUUUCGGUCAUUGUUCUUUUUUUUCUUUUAUCAGAAGAGCAAAAGGAAAAAUCUUGUAGCUGUCCUUCCUUAUGUUGGGCUUCAUAUUCUCAUUUUAUCUCUUUGUGGGGAUUUUCAUUUGGCCUAUGAGGUUAUAGAAACUGCCAAUUGGGCGAAAACUGAAUGGGACAUAUAUGUUGUACGACCAAUUGUACAAUGAAAUUAUAUCUUCGAGGGAAAUAAAUAAUAUGCAAAAUUGCAAAUUGUAAGUA